AUGACGAGACCAAUCUCUGGAAGCGUCUUGACAUUUCCUCGCAUGAGGGCGGAGUUCUCGGAGCCGCCUCUCUUUCUCAGAGCUGCGGUUGGACCUGCAAAAACACAGACGCUUUCACACGCUUUUCCGGGAGGCAGGCGACGCUUCUCUUUCUGGAGCAUUUCGGCCUCGGCGUCUAGACAUGAAUCUACACGAGGAAACGCGUCUGUCCAUGGUCUUGCCCAUUCGUACUCCUUCUCGUUCCGGACUGAGAAGGUUGCUCCUGUGAGGAAUCCCUGCGCCUCAAGCGACACUGAAGGACUGCGUUUUUCUUCAGCAGCUUUCAAGCCCCUUCUGUCUCUUCCUGUCUCCUCUUGCCUCGAGCCUUCAGCCUCCCACCAAGAGGCCAUCUUGUCUGCGGCGGUUCGACGCAUGCAUCUUCCGCUAGCUGUCCAUGCGUCUCCGGCCACACGCCUCUCUCUCAGGGUGUCUAGACAGCCUUUGAACGUCUCGCCUCUCUCUCAUGCGUUCAACUCCACCCCUUCUCGUCUUUUGUCAGUUGCUUCUUCUUCUCCUUCUCCUACGUCGUCUCCUUCUCCUUCUUCUCCUCCGUCGUCUCCUUCUUCGUCUUCUGCUUCGUCGUCUCCUUCUCCUUCUUUUUCUCCUCCUCCCUCUUCUUCUCCCCCUUCUUCUGCUUCUCCACCUUCUUCUGCUUCUCCACCUUCUUCGACUCCAGGGGAGGCGCCCGAGCUGCGGUACCCGUGGGUUGCGCGCGUCGUUCCGCCGUCUCUGCUUCCGCGAAUUGCCUCCUUUCUUGACCUCUCCCGCUUCCACGCGCCGAUUGGGUCUUGGCUGCUUUUCUGGCCGUGUGCGCACAGCGCCGCACUCGCUGCCCCUGCCUCCGAGCUCUCUCCGACGUACGAGCAGGCGGCUUCGGCUUAUAUUCGGGCACGCGAGGACGGCUCGACGCUCCAGCAGCUGCUGCAUACAGAGGCGCCUUCGCAGGCGGCCUCGACGACUGGGAGCUUGGCGCGCGGCGUCACAGCAGCUGCGGAGUCAGCCGAGAGUGCCGGCGCCGCUGCGGCGGUUGAUGUGGAGUUGUCGGCGCCUGUUGAGGGGACUGCAGGAACUCCAGGAGAGUUGCAUGCUGACCCAACAGGCGAAGACCUCACAGAAAUCGCAAACCAAAUUGCAACUCUCGUCCCCGUUGAGGCGCUCUGGUGCGACGCAGCCAAGUGGAUUGGCCUCUGUGGAGUCGGCGCCGUUCUCAUGCGCUCAGCAGGCUGCAUCAUCAACGACUUCUUCGACAGGAAGCUGGAUGCUCGGGUGGAGCGAACGCAGAGUCGGCCGUUGGCCAGCGGCCGGCUGUCUCCGCAGGCGGCGCUUGCGUCGCUGUCUGUACACCUGGGGCUGUCGCUGGCGCUGCUGCUUCUCUUCAACCCACCGACAGUGGCAACGGCGCUCGCGUCGGUCGGUCUGGUUGCGGUGUAUCCGCUGAUGAAGAGAGUCACGUACUGGCCGCAGUUUGUUUUGGGACUGACUUUCAACUGGGGGGCGCUUGUCGGUUGGACUGCAGUGACCGGAAGGAGGCUUUUCGCGGACUCCUCCCUGCUGUCUGCCUCUGAGGGACUCUCUGCCGCCGGAGUGUCUGGACAGCUCGGUGCCGCGCUGCCCUCGACAGUCUUCGGCCUGCCGUCCACUCUGUUUUCGUUAGAGCUCACGCCGAUCCUGUUGUACGUUUCGGGGAUCUUCUGGACGCUGACCUACGACACGAUCUACGCCCACCAGGACAAAGUCGACGACAGAAAAGUAGGGAUCAAGUCGACGGCGCUCCUGUUCGGGACGCGGACUCCACUCUGGACGGCGGCCUUCUCGAGUGUCUAUGCAGCUGCGCUCCUCGGCGUCGGACUCUGCUCCCAGAGUCUGUGGCCGUACUACCUCGGCGUCGGACUUUGCUAUGGUCAGCUGCUCGCGCAGACGCGGAUAAACAUGGACGAUCCGAAAGCAUGCAGCGCCGCCUUCCGGAGCAACCAGUGGGUCGGCGCGACGCUGUUUCUGGGGAUUCUCGCGAGCAAGCUGCUCGAGGUGUACAGACAUCGCAACUCCGAGAAGAAGGACACCGAACCGAAGAGCGAAUCGCCUAGCGCAAGUGCAGCGUGA